AUGAUUGUGUUACUUUCUUCUUUUCUCUCUUUCUCUUUCUUUUGUCUUUCUCUUUCUUUCUGUCUUUCUUUCUUUCCUCCUCUUUUUCUUUCUUUCUUUCUUUCUUUCUUUCUUUCUUUCUUUCUUUCUUUCUUUCUUUCUCCUGUAUUCUCUCUCUAUAUUUCUCUCUCCUUCGUUUUAUUUCUCUUUUUCUUUCUGAUGUUUAAUUUUCCUUCUUUCCUAUUUCUGCCGUUUUUUCUUCUUUUUUAUCUUUUUCUUUCUUGCUUGCUUUAUUUGCUCAUUUCCUGUCUUUAUCUUUCUUUCUUUCUUUCUUUCUUUUUCUUUCUUUCUUUCUUUCUUUGUUUUGUGUUACCCUUUUCUUCACCUGUCUUUCCGUGUUUUUCUUUUCCCCUCUCUUUCUUUCAUUCUUUCUUUCUUUCGUAUUUCUCAUUCUUUCUUUCUUUCUUUCUUUCUUUCUUUCUUUCUUUCUUAGUCUUUUUAAUCUAUAUCUUUCUUUCUUUCUUUCUUCGUUUUCCCUCUUUGUCUUUCUUUCUUUCCUUUUUCUUCUUUUUCUUUUUCUCUUUGUUUUUUGUUUCUUUCUUUCUUUCUUUGUUUCUUUGUUUCUUUCUUUCUUUCACUCCUAUUCUCUCUUUCUUUUCCCUCUUUCUCUUUCUUUCUUUCUUUCUUUCUUUCACUCCUAUUCUCUCUUUCUUUUCCCUCUUUCUCUUUCUUUCUUUCUUUCUUUCUUUCUUUCUUUCUUUCUUUCUUUCUUUCUUAUUCUUUCUCUCUUUUCUUUCUUUCCCCCGCUUCUUUGUUUGUUUGUUUCUUUCUUUCUUUCUUCUUUUUUACCCCUCUUUCUCUUUCUUAAUAAUCAAGCCCCUGAAAUCCAAUAACACAUCCAAACUGGCUAAAAUCCAUCAUUCUUUCUUUGUUUCUUUCUUCGUCUGUUUAAUCUAUUUCUUUCUUUCUUUCUUUCUUUCUUUCUAUUCCCUCUUUCUCUUUUUUUGCUUCCUUUGCUUCCUUUUUCUUCCCUUUCUUUCUCUCUUUCUAAGUAGCUCAGCUUGUUCAUUAUCUAUCUAUCUAUCUAUCUAUCUAUCUAUCUAUCUAUCUAUCUAUCUAUCUCAUCCUGUUAAUAUCUCUCUUAGCCUGUUCAUAUCUAUCUAUUUCUGUAUGCUCAUAUCUAUCUAUCUAUCUAUCUAUCUAUCUAUCUAUCUAUGUAUGUAUCUAUCUGUGGCUUUAUUGGAAAGGCGCUAG